UCUCCAAGACACACAGCCUUCUCGACUCUUCCUCAUUCCCUCCCUCUCCCCCUCUCCUCUGUUCGGCGCGGCGCCAUGAGCAAGGGCUGAGCUCGCCAUGACGACGUACAACCCUCUCUCCCUCUUCCCCCUGCCGCCGCAGGCAUCGGACCCCAAGCCGGUGCCUGCCGUGCUCGCCGUCGACAGCUACAGCGACAUGCUCUGGGUCGGCUCGUCCAACGGCCUCGUCUCGGCGUUCGCCUCCCCGCUCACCCUCACCCGCAACGUGCAGUUCCCGGCCACGGGCGGCGGCGGCGGGGCCACCGGCGCGCGCGACUUCCUCCCCAACCUCCAUUCGGUGCGCAAGAUCCGCGUCUCGGACCGCGAGGUAUGGUCCCUCACCGACGGAGGCAUGAGCGGCCGCCGACGCGGCGGCGCGCCGCGCUGGAGCGUGACCGACCCGAACCGAACAUUACGCGCAAUGACGCCGAGCCCGACAAACUCGCACGAGGUGCUCGCGGGCGGGACGGGCCAGAUGAUGCUGGUCAACAACUCGCGUGGCGAGAUUGUCCGCAGAUUUGACGGCCCCGGCAUGAUCAUACAUCUCGGGACUACGGGGCGGACGGUAGUGGCUGCUUCGGGUGGAGGACAGGUGUCGAUCCUCGACCCCCGUACCGGAUUCCGCCAGGCUUCGAACAUCACCCCGGUUCAGGCGCACACGGGUGGUAUCACUGGUGCGGAUGCGCAGGGCAAUGUUAUCGCGACGUGGGGCUGGACGCACAUGCAGGGCCACCCGAUCCCAGAUUCAAUGGUCAGGCUGUACGACACUAGGACGCUGCGUCCCCUCCCUCCGAUUUCUUUCUCGUCGGGCGCAGCGUUUGUGCUGCUCAACCCCACAGACCCGUCCAAGCUCGUCAUUGCUGGCCAGCAGGGCAUGCUCCAAAUCUCGGACAUGUCGACGGGGAGCAACGAGUUCCAGCAGCUCGAUGUGAAUUCGUUUGUCACGUCCAUGGCGCUCUCGCCCCGCGGAGACUACCUCGCGUUUGGAGAUGGAGACGGACAGCUCCAUCUCUGGACGACCCAUGGUACCGAUGUCGAUGAUCACGGCAACCUUGCGCUUCCACCAUUCAACGGAUACGACGGCGUCAAGCCCGAGUGGCCAGAUCCGGUGGACCCGGCGCCGCCAGUUCAGUGGGAGCCCAACACGCCGCUGAAUAUCAUCGGUAUGCCGUUCUACGAGGACCCACUUCUGUCCAACUUCUCGCCCGUCGAUUACGCCACAGUAUACUCGCCAUUCUUCAACCCCCCAGAGCCGAUUCCCGCCUCGGUCCUGGCUUCUCUCAACUACCAGGACUUUGUGGGGUAUGGUCAGCUGCCAAAGGAGCUCAAGGGCAAGCGGAAUGUGGCGACCGCACGGGCUGGAGCAGGCAAGCUGGCUCUUGGACGCGGCGCCAUCGGCUCACGACGAGAGAGCGAGCCGAGGUUCCGAAGUGACAAGGACAGGAAAUCUCACCCGCCUCCUGAUAUCGAGGAGGAAACCCCAGUUGGAUCCAUCCCCAAGUACUACCGCAAGGUCGAGAUCAAGUACUCCCGCUUUGGUGUCGAGGACUUUGACUUUGGCUACUACAACCGCACGUGUUACAGCGGCCUCGAAACCGACAUUAUCAACUCGUACACCAACGCCCUCCUCCAGGCCCUCCACUACACCUACCCUCUCCGCGCCGUUGCCAAGGCCCACAUCUGCAUCGACUGCCAGAAGGAGCACUGCUUACUUUGCGAGGCAGGCUUCCUCUUCCGCAUGCUCGAGGAUGCAAAGGGAACCAACUGCCAAGCGAGCAACUUUUCGCGGGCCUUUAGCGCCACACCGCAGGCGUCUGCCCUUGGCCUCAUGCACGACAGCGACAAGGCCACGGCACAGAGUACUCUGAUCCAGAACUUCAAUCGCUGGCUCAUGUCGACGUUUACAACCGAGUCAGUCGUCGACGGGCAAACCUUCAACGUUCGCCGGCCGUCGAUUGAGAACAUGUCGCUCUCGGCACCGCUGUCGGCUAUCAACCAAGUCCUCGGUAUCGCCGUCAAGACCACAAACACCUGUCUAUCGUGCCACCAUGUUUCGGUCCGCGAGUCGACCCUCCAAACUGUUGACCUCGCCUACACGCGUCGCGGUGAAACCCACCCACGUCCAUUCCACGAGGUGCUCCGUGCAGCUAUUAUCCGUUCGUCCAGCACCAAGGCGACAUGUAGCAACUGCAAGCUGUUUGCUCCUCUCGAUUCAAGGCGCGACCUUGCAGGCCAUCCGGCUACCUCCCUUCCCCCUCUGCUGUCCGUCAACACCAUGGCCAACACACCAGAGCAGGUCGAGGUUUGGAAGGACAGGAUGGAGGGCGGCAAGCCAAAGCACUACCUUUCGCGCCGUGUUGGGUUCCGUAAGGGACCCAAGGGCGACAUCAUCACCGAUGACGGCACACAGGAAGGCAGUAUCCUGUACGAGGUCAAAUCAGUGGUCGUGCAGGUGCAGACGGCGCCUGAUAACCCAGCCCACCUGCUGUCGUUUGUCAAGAUGCCUGCAGAGGAGGACGAAGAUGAGCCCAAGUGGAUCAUGUUCAACGACUUUUUGGUCCGGCCCGUCAAGGAAGAGGAAGUGUUCUCGUUCCCGGACACGUGGAAGGUGCCUGCAAUUAUUAUCCUUGAGCGCGUCGACGCCGACACGAUGCUCGACUACACCAAGCUGCCCAAGGAGCUCGACGUCAAUGUCUUGUUCAAGGACCACUCCAUGGCUUGGAACCGCCGUGCCGCUCAGAUAAGGCAUCAGGUUCUGAGCCCAGAGGAGCUUCCACAGCCCGGUUCACUGAUCUCCAUCGACGCGGAGUUUGUGCUGCUUGAGCAGGAAGAGCUCGAGUUCCGCUCCGACGGCACCAAGAAGGUCCUUCGCCCAAGUCACAUGUCGCUCGCGAGAGUAUCAGUGCUACGUGGACCUGGCGAGCUGGAUGGCGUGCCGUUCAUUGACGACUAUAUCCGCACAACCGAGACGGUUGUGGACUAUCUUACAGAAUUUUCUGGCAUCAAGGCUGGUGAUCUUGACCCCAACAACUCGCCUCACACCCUCGUCCCUCUCAACGUUGCAUACAAGAAAUUGCGCCUUCUUGUCGAUCUUGGCUGCAUUUUUAUUGGCCAUGGCCUGAGCAAGGACUUUAGAACCAUCAACAUCUUUGUGCCUCCUGAACAGGUUCAGGACACUGUCAACAUCUACACCAUCCCCGGCCGUAGCCGCAAGCUGUCUCUUCGGUUCCUCACCUGGUUCCUGUUAAAGCGUGACAUUCAGACCAAGGAGCACGACUCAAUCGAAGACGCGCGACACGCCUACCUGCUGUACAAGCAGUACCUCGACUUUGAGGCCGACGGAAGGUUCGAGGAUGUCAUGGAGGACAUCUUCGCCGAGGGCCACAAGACGGGCUUCAAGCCGAAAGCAGAGGCUGAUCGGCCACCAACACCAUCUGCAUUCCCUCCCCUUGGACAAGGGGUUGCGGGGAGCACGUCCCCACCACCCCUGCAUGCCCGCUCGGGAGCCCCGACGCUGUCAUCACCACCACCGCCACAGUCGCGAGCGAGGGGAACCAAGCUACCCGCUGGCAGUGGUGCGGCCCAGCCUUGGAACUCGAUCCCGCCGGCUUUUGUGCCGGGUCAGCCCCGGUGGCAGUAAUAGUCGACGGGAUAUGGAGGAAUGUUAGAGACGUAUUUAGAUGCAUUAUUGCGACG